AGGUAAGGGGUUCAGGAUCCGAUCAGAGGAUGCGAAGGACUCUGCUGUUGCUGCUUGCCUCUCUGGCUUUGCAAGCUGAUGCGGCGCCGCUGGAGGUGAUGUCUGCCCCAAACUUGCUGCGUGUGGGAACGGCAGAAAACAUCUUUGUGGAGUGUCAGGACUGCACAGGAGCGGACGUCAGAGUGGAAAUCCACGUGAUGAGCCAUCCGAAAAAAGACAGAGUGCUGUCAUCUACAACUUUGACCCUCACUGGUUCAAAUGACUUCCAGGCUCUUGCACAAAUAACGGUCUCACCUGGAGACUUAAGUUGGGAUCCAUAUAAGAAGCAGUUUGUGUACCUACAAGCUCAGUUCCCCCAACGCCUGUUGGAGCAUGUGGUUUUAGUGUCCUUUCAGUCCGGGUACAUCUUCAUCCAGACAGACCAGACCCUGUACACCCCGGACAGUCAAGUUCACUACAGGAUAUUUACAGUGACACCCAGGAUGGAGCCUGUGAUGACGGAUGAGUUCCUCCAAACUUAUGAUGCCAUUGAUGUUGAGAUAGUGACCCCUGAAGGCAUCACUUUGGAAAGCAAUACAUUCCCAGUUCAAAAGUCAGGGCUACACUCUGGGGAUUACCGAUUAUCUGAGAUUGUAAGUCCUGGGCUGUGGAAGGUGCUGGCUAAGUUCCAAAGCUCCCCGCAGCAUAGCUUCUCAGCAGAGUUCGAGGUCAAGGAAUAUGUGCUGCCCAGUUUCGAGGUUAAACUGACGCCUGUGAGCCCUUUCUUUUACGUGGACAGCCAAGAUUUCACGGUCAACAUCAAAGCUUCCUAUCCCUUUGGGGAAGAGGUGGAUGGCACGGCCUAUGUGUUGUUUGGGGUGGUGCAGGACGGUCAAAAGAGAGGCUUUUCACGUUCUAUUCAGACUGUGCCGAUCCAUGGAGGUGCUGGAGAGGUUAUUCUGAAGAGAGAGCACAUCACAAAGGACUUUGACGACAUUGGGCACCUCAUAGGGAGCUCCAUAUUUGUAGCUGUUAGCUUGCUGACAGACAGCGGUGGUGAGAUGGUGGAGGCAGAGUUGAAAAACAUCAAGAUUGUUACAUCGCCUUACACCAUCACCUUCAAGAAAACACCCAGAUAUUACAAACCAGGGACUCCCUUUUAUGUCUCGGCUGAAGUCGUGAAUCCUGAUGGCACCCCAGCACAAGGUGUUCCAGUGGUGAUCAAUCCAGGCAACUUACAGGAGAACACUUUAGCUAAUGGCAUGGUCAGACUGCCCGUCAGUACACAGGCCGGGACCAGCAGAGGGCAAAUUACCUUUCUCGCAAGGACCAAUGAUCCUAAAAUCGCAAGUAACCGACAGGCAAUGGCCACCAUGCAAGCCGACCCGUACUCCUCUAAAAGCAACAGCUUCAUGUACAUCAAAGUGGACACAGCCGAGGGGAAACUGGGAGAAAAUCUGAAAAUGUUCCUUUUCCCAAGAAGACACGAUAAUGCACACAGUGACAUCACUUGUCUGAUCCUGAGCAGAGGUCAGCUGGUGAAAACUGGUCGAUUCCAGGACAGAGGUCAGGUUCUGAUCUCCUUGCUGAUUCCCAUCACCAAAGAAAUGCUGCCAUCCUUCCGCGUCGUAGCUUACUUUCAUACAAACGAUAAUGAAGUGGUGUCAGACUCUGUUUGGGUGGAUGUAAAGGACUCCUGCACGGGCACGCUGCGGCUUGAACCAUCGAGACCCGCUCCGUCUUAUAAGCCAAACAGAGUGUUUGGUGUGAAAGUAACAGGAGACCCAGGGGCCACAGUGGGACUCGUCAUGGUUGACAAAGGCGUCCACGUGUUAAACAACGAGCACCGCCUCACCCAGAAGAAGGUGUGGGACAUUGUAGAGACCUUCGACACGGGCUGCACGCGAGGCGGAGGAGAGGAUGGUAUGGGUGUGUUCUACGAUGCUGGGCUGUUGUUUCAGUCCAGUGCUUCAGGGACUCCCUACAGACUAGAGUCGAAAUGUCCAGAUCUCACCCGGAGGAAAAGAUCCUCAGGUGAGGGCACUUAUACGGACAGCGAUGAAAUUAUUUCUCGGUCAAGGUUCCAUGUAAGUUGGCUGUGGAUGGAUCUCCAUCUUCCUGCUUGCCCUCCAAACAACCCGAACUGCGACUCUACAUCAGUGGUGAAAAACUUUAUAUUGGCCGACUCAUCGACAACCUGGCAGGUCAUUGGUAUUAGUCUGUCAAGGACUCAUGGGAUCUGUGUUGGCGAGCCGUUGGAAGUAAAAGUCAGAAAAGAUUUCUUCAUCGAUCUCCGGCUGCCGUAUUCUGCUGUCCGAGGAGAGCAGCUGGAGGUCAAAGCAGUCCUCCACAACUACAGCCCAGUUCUUGCAAUUGUGCGUGUGGAUCUGUUGGAGACGGAGCACGUGUGCAGUGCAGCCUCCAAGCAAGGGAGGCAUCGUCAGGAGGUCAAAGUCGGGCCUCACUCUAAUCAAUUUGUACCCUUCAUCAUUACUCCCACAAAGAACGGACGGCACAGCAUUGUGGUCAAAGCAGCUGUGAGAAACUCGUCACUCUCUGAUGGAGUCAUGAAGAUUUUGCACGUUGUGCCCAAAGGUGUUUUAACAAAAGCUGAAAUGAGUGUGAGUCUAGACCCUGCAAGAAAAGGUGUUGGUGGAAAACAAGAAGAAACCAUGAACAGUUUUAUUCCAAAGAACCAUAUUGUUCCAAACUCUCUUACCAGAACAUAUCUCUACGUGACCGGUAGACGAGAUUCUGCACCGCUGGAGGACGCUAUAAGUGGUAACUCCAUGGGUACUCUGAUCUUCCUGCCGUCCGGCAGUGGAGAGGAGAAUAUGAUGUCCAUGACCCUGACCACCAUCGCAACCACAUACCUGGACAAAACCAACCAGUGGGAAACCGUGGGCUUCCAGAAACGUGACGAAGCCAUCAAACACAUCAAGACUGGCUACAAUCAAGAGCUCAAGUACCGUAAAAGAGAUGGGUCCUUUGCUGUGUUUCCCAAUCACCAAAGCAGCACUUGGUUGACCGCCUGUGUAGUCAAGGUGUUUGCCAUGGUCUACAACUUGGUGCAAGUGGACAGAAACGUAAUCUGUGCCGCUGUCAAGUUUAUUAUUCUCAACACGCAGCAAGCUGAUGGUGCAUUUAGAGAGAUUGGGAGGGUGACCCACGGAGAUAUGAUUGGUGACGUUAGAGGCACAGAUUCAGACGCUUCCAUGACGGCCUUCUGCCUCAUUGCCAUGCACGAGUCAAGGACGCUGUGCUCUGACAUCGUACAUAGUCUGCCAAACAGCAUAGACAAAGCAGCGGCCUACCUGGAGAAUCGUCUGCCGAGCCUUACCAACCCGUACGCGGUUGCGAUGACAUCAUACGCCCUGGCCAACGAAUUUAAACUGAACCAGGAAGUUCUUUACAGAUUUGCUUCCCCAGAUCGGUCCCACUGGCCUGUGCCUAAGGGACAAAUUUACACACUGGAGGCCACUGCGUACGCUCUUCUUGCUCUGGUGAAAACCAAGGCCUUUGAAGAUGCCAGACCUGUUGUCAGGUGGUUAAACCAACAGCAGAAGGUGGGCGGAGGUUACGGAUCAACUCAGGCGACCAUGAUGGUGUACCAAGCUGUGGCUGAGCACUGGGCCAGUGCUAAUGACCCAGAGUAUGAUCUGAAAGUGACCAUUGCGUUGUCAGGAAGAGCAAGGCCUGACUAUUUCAACUUUAACAUAGAAAACCACUCCAUCACAAGAACAAUUAAAACCAGUUCUAUAAAUGUAGAUGCGAACGUGACCGCCACGGGGACAGGAAAAGCAACAGUGAAGAUGGUGUCGCUGUACUAUGCUCCACUCAGAGAACAAAGCAGGGACUGUCAGAAGUUUAACUUGUCAGUGCAGCUCAUCCCUGAAAUAACGGAUGACAAUGAGCAGACUUACAGGCUGAGAAUAGAUGUCAUGUACAAAGACACAAAACAUGAUGCAACUCUUUCAAUCCUGGAUAUCAGCUUGCUAACUGGCUUUAUUGUGAACACACAAGACCUGGACAAUAUGUCCCAAGGACCUGCCCGCACCAUCGCCAAUUAUGACAUGAACACCGUACUGUCUGAAAGAGGCUCACUCAUCAUCUACUUGGACAAGGUUUCUCACACGCAGCCAGAGGAGAUCACAUUUAGGAUCCAUCAAAAGUUUAAAGUGGGAGUCCUACAACCAGCUGCUGUGUCUGUCUAUGAAUACUAUGACCCAGAAAGUCCAUGUGUGAAGUUCUACCGUCCGGAGAGGAAAACCAAACAGCCGCAUUGCACAAAUGAUGAAUGCAUAUGUAUUGGAGAGACCUGCAGCAUGCAGAAGAAGGGACACAUCAACACUGAUGAGCGAAAUGCUAAAGCCUGUGAGUCGACCAGCCAAACAAGCUUUGUGUUCAAAGUGCGAGUGGAACGACUUACAGAGGGAUCGUCUUCUGACGUAUAUACAAUGCGGGUACUUGAAGCCUUAAAAGAAGAAAGUCAUGAUGUGGGUCCUCAGGGUAAAAUUCGCACUUUCCUCAGUGUUCCACACUGCAGAGAGUCUUUGGGCCUGAGAACAGGCAAUACCUACCUGAUCAUGGGCACAUCUACAGAUAUUCACAGACACGACAAAGACCAGUUGUUUCAGUAUGUCCUCAGUGAGAGUACCUGGAUCGAGUACUGGCCCACAGAAGCAGAGUGUCAAGUUGAGGAGCACAGACCGAGCUGUUUGGGCUUGGACGAGCUGUCUCAAAUGUUGAUAUUUUUUGGAUGUCUUUUGUAGAAAACCUCGAGGAAAUAAAGUGUUUAUUCACUCAUUUUGCAUUCUUCUGAUUUUGUACAAAACUGAACUACCAGUCAAAAGUUUGGAAACACCUUCUCAU